AGGUGGGGCCCGCUUUCCUCAGCCCCUUUAAGUGGCGGCCCUUCCCGGCACCCGUAGCGACGCCCCAGCCAAUGGCAUUGCGUGUCGUGUGGCCGUGGUGCAUGCCGGGAAUCGUAGUUCCCGGUGUCUCCGGCGCCGGUCCCGAUGGCGGCGCGGCUGCUGCCGCUGCUGGUGCUGCCGCUGGGCUGGGUCCGGCCCGGCGCCUGCACCGAUCCUCCGGCCGGCGGCUGGUUGGCGGGCACGGUGCCGGAGGAGCCACGCUGCACCGUGGAGCGAGCGGAUGCAUCCCUCACCUACUCCCUCUUCCUGCAGCGGUUCGCCUUCUCCCGGCCGGUGAUCCUCGCUGGGGUCACGGACAAUUCGGCGUUCCGAGCCCUCUGCACCCGGGAGAAGCUGCUGGCGGCCUUCGGGCCCUUCCCGGUGCGGCUCAGCACGGCCAACACCUACUCGUACCGCAAAGCCCCCUGCCCCCACCGGGCUCAGCUCCCGUGUCCCCCCAGACACCCUCUACUUCUUCGGGGACAACAACUUCACCGAGUGGGGCCCCCUCUUCCAGCACUACGUGCCCCCUCCCUUCCGCAUCCCGGGCACCAACCCCGCCUACAGCUUUGGGAUCGCAGGCUCAGGCUCUGGCGUUCCCUUCCACUGGCACGGCCCUGGUUUUUCCGAGGUGAUUUUCGGCAGAAAGCCCCGCUGGGGCUGAGCCCGAGGGGCUGGGGGGAAUUGGGAGGGGAUGUGCCCCUGGUGUUUUCCAGCGCUGGUUUCUGUACCCACCGGAUAAAACCCCGCACUUCCACCCCAACGAGACGACGCUGGCCUGGCUCCAGCACACGUACCCCACCCUGCCACCGGCCCAGCGCCCGCUGGAGUGCACCCUGCGCCCUGGGGAGGUCCUGUACUUCCCUGACCGCUGGUGGCACGCCACACUCAACCUGGACACCAGCGUCUUCAUCUCCACCUUCCUGGGCUAGGACUGGGACACGUCACCACCAUCCCAGCCAGGGCAGGAGCUCCAGCUCCUGCCACCCUCAGGGAAAGGCAACUGAUAUUGGGACCAACUGCCUGAGAAAGUUCUGGUUUUUACUGGUCUUUACCCUCCCCUUUGGAUUAAAGUUGUUCCACUGAA